ACCCUUGCUCUUACCAUUCCAGUUCUGUCCCAAUCCUGGACGCCUCGCCCGAGCGCUCGCCGGACAGGAGAACGGAAGAAACCCUACCCUGCGGCGGCUUCGGCGGAGGAGGAGGAGAAGAUGAUCUACGACGUGAACUCGCCUCUCUUCCGCUCCUUCCUCAGCCAGAAGGGCGGCGCCGACAAGAGGAAAAUGGAAGAGCAAAAACCGAAGGAGCAGAGGCCCAAGGCCAGCGAGAACAAACCUGUGAUGAAUGAAUGAACUUCUUCCGAAGCAUUCUAUGCUCAGCAAAUUUGAUGCCCCUUUGCUUUGAUUAGCUUGAAAUGAACUUUUCCUGAAACAUUAUCAUGCUUUAGUUUCUCCUUAGUCUUAAUUGCUCUGGUUGAACGUGGUGACAGUGCGAUGGAUAUGAAACCACAACUACCUAUGAAACUAUGAUCAAUGUGAGGCGCCCAUGAUUCAGAACUUUUCAGCCA